GCCGCCGCAUAUUUUCAUAUUAUUUCUGAAUAUUUCAUUUGAAAUUGACAAGAAGCCUACGUUAUAAAAUUUUUACUUUGAAUAUUUUAUUACUACAAGUAGUAGUUGUGCUCUGAUUAGUAUAAAGUGAAACUUAAACGAAUUUGACGAACGGUUACAGUUCUGCAUCACAAAAUGUUAAGGAUGCGUGAUUAAUAUUCGCUUUCUAAACGGGAAAAAUUACCUUUGAAGUGCUGAUGUGUCCGCACAUCACUGGUUAUUUCCCCGCGGAUAGAGCGAGUUGAAUUGUACUGCAAAUUUGUUGACCUGAAUGAAAGACUGCAGUAUUUGCUAUCUUUAUAAACCUCGCUGUUAGAAAAAUGGACGAACGCCUUUUGGAUCAGCGUUUCAGGAACCGUUGGCGAAUCGCACAGUUUGUUUUUGUUGUUGUUCUGCUGGUCAGCAUGGGUGAGAGUGCGCAGAAGAAAACUGCUGCUAAGCCUGUCAGCUAUUAUAAAGUCCUUGGUGUUGAGAAGACGGCCACGGAAAAGGAUAUUAAGAAGGCCUUUCGGAAGUUGGCGUUGAAGUAUCAUCCAGAUAAGAAUAAGGAAGAGGAUGCCGAAGAGAAGUUUCGCCAGGUUGCCCAAGCCUAUGAGACGUUGUCCGAUCCGAAAAAGCGUAAAGAGUACGACAUGAUGUCCAGUUAUCCGCAGCCUGGACCGGACAGCGGCCAUGCUCACACGGGAUUCGGUCCGGGACACGGACAGGGCAGCCACACCUUCACAUUCCAUUCUUCCAGUUCUGGUCCUAACAAUUUCAAUUUUGAUACUAAAGAAUUCUUCCGCCAAUUUGAUCUCCACAGAAAUAACUUCCGAGGUGGUCAGAAGGCUCCAAAAAACAACAGGUUUAAUUUUGGCGGGCCUGGCUUCGAAUCUUUCUCCUUCGAUGAUCUGUGGGAAGACAGUGAUGAGUCACCAAAUCCGAGUGACCAUCUGAAAAAUCAUUUCGGCAACGCAUUUGGCCACAACAAGAUGGGAGGUCCCAGUAUGUUCGGCGGCGGUGGCAGUGCCUUUCCGCACAUGGACAUGGACUUUCAUGUUCCCAACUUUGACAGCAUGUUCGGCGGUAAUCCGCACACGGCUCACCACAUGGCUCAUCAGUUCGCUCACGCACGGGCGCAUGCUCAAGCUACAGGAAAGCAUGCGCGUGCGCAGGGAUCCGCCAGUGCGAAAUCAUGUGGCAACACCAAGCCUAAAGCUAAAGCUCAGGCUGAGGCUAAAGUGAAAGGAAAAAACUGCCGUGUAGUUACGGAAACUCGGGGAACUUCCGUUUCGACCAAGAAAGUGUGCAGUUAAGGAAGUUGGAGAGCUGAAACCUGCGAUAAGCUCCCUGCUGCUGUUCGCAUGAUACAAUUGGAGCAGUUCAUUGCCAAGUGGAAGUUAUGUCUAGAUUACAAGUACCGUAUAAACUUGGCUUUUUGUGAAUGCAACCGGUGAUCCCUUGUUAUGACCUUACAAAAGGUAUUCGCUUGUUACUGUAAGUGUUUACAGCUGAUGUAAUACAGACUAACACGGACAAUGGUGCCUUCUUAUCUAAAUCUCGGUUUACAUUCGCAGUUUGCUUUUGAAUUGUUACUUGUUGAAAUUUGUGUGAAAAUUAAUCUUUGUGCCUGUUCCGGCUGUACAGAUAAUUUUUUACAAAGUUGUAUUUUCGUCUUGCUUCAACUAUACUUCUACAUCUGGUGUUUUUAUUUUACAUUUCUCUACUAAAAAAUUAAUGGACGCAGGGUUAAGCGUAAUUUAAUAAAAUGCUGCAGUGUAUUG